UCCAGCGCCCGCCGUCGUCGCCCAGGUGCGGCCUCCAGCGCGUGAAGCCGGGGAGGCGAGGCCCUGCAGUCAUGAAGACCACGGGGUCUCGCGAGAACCUGGUGGGGCAGGACGCCGACACCAACAUGCAGUCGCACGAGUCCCUGCAGGCCCCCCAGGAGUUCAGCCUCACCAACGUCGAGAAGAAGUUCCUGCUGCUGGCCGAGCGGGGCGACUGCGCCUCCAUCCGCCGGAUCCUGGACGAGUACCGCAACCAGCCGCAGGAGCUGGACAUCAACUGCGUGGACCCCUUCAACAGGUCGGCGCUCAUCUCCGCCAUAGAGAACGAGAACAUCGAGCUGAUCAGGCUGCUGCUGGAGGAGAACGUGCAGGUCAAGGAUGCGUUGCUACAUGCGAUCAAGGAAGAGUAUGUGGAGGCUGUGGAGGUGCUUCUGGAGUGGGAGGAGAAGUUCCACUCUCCCGGACAACCGUAUAGCUGGGAGGCCGUGGACCGCACGUCGUCCACCUUCACCCCGGACAUCACCCCGCUCAUCCUCGCGGCCCACAUGAACAACUACGAGAUCCUCAAGAUCCUGCUGGACCGGGGCGCCACGCUGCCGUCGCCGCACGACGUCAGGUGCGGCUGCGACGAGUGCGUGGUCUCGAGCGAGGUGGACUCGCUGCGACACUCGCAGGCGCGCAUUAACGCCUACAAGGCGCUGUCGUCGCCGUCCCUCAUCGCGCUGUCGUCCCGAGACCCGCUGCGCACCGCCUUCGAGCUGUCCUGGGAGCUGCGGCGCCUGUCGCGCAUGGAGCACGAGUUCCGCGACCAGUACAACGAGAUGCGCGCCCGCUGCCAGCAGUUCGCCACGGCGCUGCUGGACCACACCCGCACCUCGCUGGAGCUGGAGGUGAUGCUCAACUACCACGCCGACGGCGACCUCUGGCAACCGGGGGAGCGCCACACCCUGGAGCGCCUCAAGCUCGCCAUCAAGUACAAGCAGAAGAUGUUCGUGGCGCACCCGAACGUGCAGCAGCUGCUGGCGGCCAUCUGGUACGACGGUCUGCCGGGCUUCCGGCGCAAGAACAUGGUGAUGCAGCUCGUGCAGGUGGCCAAGCUGGGCGCCAUGUUCCCCGUCUACAGCGCCAUGUACAUGCUCGCUCCCUCCUCCGCCAUGGGCCAGUUUAUGAAGAAGCCCUUCGUCAAGUUCAUCUGCCACUCCUCGUCCUACGCCUUCUUCCUCAUGCUGCUGGGGCUGGCCUCGCAGCGGGCAGAGUUCCUCCUGAUCGAGUGGUUCGGCACCGACUGGAUGCUGGAGGUCCUGGAGGGCUGGAAGCAGCGCGAGAGGGGGUCCCUCCCUGGCCUCGUCGAGAGCACCGUCAUGCUCUACGUGCUCAGCCUGAUCUGGAACGAGAUCCGCGCGCUGUGGAGCGACGGGCUGCUGGCGUACGUGAGCGACCUGUGGAACAUCGUGGACUUCAUCACCAACGUGUUCUACCUGGUGUGGAUCGGCCUGAGGUUCACUUCGUGGUUCAUCGUGCAGAGGGAGGCCUGGAAGGACGUGAACCCGUGGUACCCCAGGGAGCAGUGGCACCCCUUCGACCCCAUGCUGCUGUCGGAGGGCGCCUUCGCAGCCGGGAUGAUCUUCAGUUACAUGAAGCUGGUGCACAUAUUCAGCGUCAACCCUCACCUCGGGCCCCUGCAGAUAUCCCUGGGGAGGAUGAUCAUCGACAUACUGAAGUUCUUCUUCAUCUACACCUUGGUUCUCUUCGCUUUCGGCUGCGGCAUGAACCAGCUGCUGUGGUACUACGCCACGCUCGAGAGGCAUCGCUGCUUCCACCUGCCGGGCGGACAGCCGGACUACGACAACGAGGAGAAGGCUUGCUCCAUCUGGAGGCGCUUCUCCAACAUGUUCGAGACGUCGCAGUCGCUGUUCUGGGCCAGCUUCGGCCUCGUCGACCUGGAGAAUUUCGAGCUGACGGGCAUCAAGAGCUUCACGCGCUUCUGGGCGAUGCUCAUGUUCGGCUCGUACUCCGUCAUCAACAUCAUCGUGCUGCUCAACAUGCUCAUCGCCAUGAUGUCCAACUCGUACCAGCUCAUAUCGGAGCACUCGGACAAGGAGUGGAAGUUCGCGCGCAGCAAGCUGUGGAUGAGCUACUUCGAGGAGGGCGACACGGUGCCUGCCCCCUUCAACAUCGUGCCCACGCCCAAGACGCUGUGCACCAUGCUGGGGUGCCGGGACAAGGGCCGCCACGACCAGUCCGCCAUGGACAAGUCCCGCCAGAAGGCGCUGGAGCGCCACGACACCGUGAUGCACCUGCUGGUGCGGCGCUACGUCACGGCCGAGCAGACCAAGAGGGACGACUACGGCGUCACCGAGGACGACGUCAUGGAGAUCCGCCAGGACAUCUCGUCGCUGCGCUACGAGCUCAUCGACAUCCUGCGCCAGAACGGCAUGCAGACGCCGCAGGUGGACCGCGACUCGGCGCUGGCCGGCAAGAAGGGGCGAGUCAUGGAGCGCCGCCUGCAGAAGGACUUCCAGAUCGGCUUCGUGGAGAACCUGCUGCAGGAGGUGAUCAGCCAGAAGGAGCCGCGCGACGUCUUCAGCAAGAUCGCGCGCGCCAUCGGCAAGCGCACCGGCUCCUCCAAGGGCAAGAAGGACUGGAACGCGGCGGUGCGGAAGAGCAAGACGGCGCGCGACCCCAUCGGCAGCGCCGUGGAGGCGGUGAGCCGCCGCAGCCGCCAGAGCCUGCGGCGGCACAUCCUCACGAGCCAGGGGGAGGCGCUCACCUCCAUGGACCCGGAGAAGCUGGUCGAGUACAACCCCAGGCUGUCGGCGGUGUCUCCGGCCGCGCGGGUCGCCUACGCCAAGUUCAAGAUGGCCAAGAUCAGGCAGGAGUACGACGACCGGGACGGCAGCUGCAACAGCCACGGCUCGGGGCGCAGGCCCAGGGAGGCGCCUUCGCCCUCCGUCGCGAGGCCGCGCCCCAAGCCCCCGGAGCAGCCAGCCCCGCCGCCCCAGGAGAUGCAGGUCCUGCAGGGCCCGCCGCAGAAGGACUUCCGCUCCAGGACGCCCAUCCAGGAGGACUCCUCCGAGGACGAGGAGAAGCAGAAGGAGGUAGGACCCCGCCCGGACCCGCCUCCAGAGCAGCCAGGCGGAGAGGAAGAAGCGGCUAGACGCCCUCAGCAGUCGCAGGCCGACAUAACCGUCCACGUGAGCUCCCCCGAGACGCCGGAGCCCAAGACCAAGGUCCUGCCCCCGGCGCCUGGCAAGUGGCUGUAGCUUCCCGCCAUCACUGUGCUGCUGGCCUUGUGGAGGGAAGACGCCAUCUUGGAUUCAACAGUUUUCAGGUCUCGUCAUCUUUGAAUGAUUUCAUUUCCAAAAUUGGCUUCGUUAAAGCACCAUGUAUGAUUAAUUUGGACUGCCUGUAGUUAAUAGGGACUUGCUGCUACAAAUAUUCUCUCUCCUGUGAAUUCAUUGACGUUUAGUCAUCAUCAUAUUCAUAACUAACUGCUUCCAGCCUGUGACUGGGCCAGUAAAGUAAAAUGCCUCCAUAUUCCUCUCUCCUUCCAACAUUCCUCGUCCUUCACUUUAUUCCAGUCUUCUCCUAUCUCCUGCACUAUUUAACUAUCUGUUCCUCUAACCUCCUCCUUAGUCUUCCUUCUUCCUCUGCACUUCAACUCCAUCCUAGGCAGCAUCUCUUUUCCCAUUGUCUGGACAUGGCCAUACCAUUUCAAUGGCUACACUGUAAUAAUUGUUUGAAUAUCUCUCAACGUAUGAUCUAUGUCUUAACGAAGGCCUAAUUUCAAUAACAGAUUAUGAAAUGUUGUUAUGGUAUGAAAAUUUCUGGAACCGAUAUGGCGUCUAUUGGUUCCUGUUUCUCCCACGUAAGGAUGGCGCUGGGUUGCGGUUUACAUGCCUGUUCAUACGUGAACUGCUGCGAGAUACUUAGCUCCAAGUCACCUCCAUGGUUAUCCUAACAUUUUGUGUCCUCGUUUUGGUAAUGUCGUGUUAUAGGUCCUCAUUUUACUAUUAGGAUUCCACAUUGAGAUUUCCACAACCAUUUGACGGUUGAAGUAGACCGUUGACUUAAAGAUCCUUUAAAAUUAACUACAUCUGCCGCAAAGAAUGACAAAAUUUAAAGCCCUGAUUGUUAAAAAUGUGAAAAGAUGCCUGUGUAUUAAUUUAAAUGUAUUUGUAAAUAAUACGUUCCUAUUUAUGUAUGUAAGUGUAAGUAUGUAUGUAAGUGAUUAAUGAUAGGGUAUUGUUUAAGUACAUAGUGCUUCGCAAAAUUGAGGCAAGGCGAAAUAUUUAUUUAAAUUAAGUGUUUAUUAUUGUUUAGCCUAAAUAUUAAAAGUAUUCAAAAUGUACUUUAAUUUGCUGUAACACAGCGUUUAAUAUCAUCAUUACUUUCACGACAUAUUUACUUUUGUCCUGUUUUUAUAAUUAAUAAGAAAUGUCCUAGAUAGAUUCAAAUUAUUGAUGCAGUGUUGUAACAUACCUACUUCACAUGGAAUGAGUGGUAGUGUUGUAUAAAACAAAACAAAAAAAAAAAAGGGGGGGGGGGGGGAGACCUCAAAUGCCCAUAAAUUCCUACCUCACAACAGCAAAAAUAUUUUUCGUAUCUUGGAUGCAUUUAGAGAGGUUUUUGUCCGUGGAGCUUCGUGCAACAUAUUAAAAUAAAAUUUAUUAUUAAAACUCAUUAUUAACUGUCUUUUUUUAUAAAUUUCCAUCAAGUACCAUUAGAACCAAGUACUUUUUAAAUGCAUAUUGUCUAAACAUAUUCAUUUGUAUAGUUACAUAAAAUAACUAUUUUGUAGAUAUUUUAAAAUAAAAGAAUGUAAAGAAUGCAGUAUCUUCAAUAUACUUUUUUUUUUAAAAACCAAUCGGUGUUCACUUUUGUUUCUGUUAUUGGUCUGGUUAGCACGGUUUCUGCUAUUUAGGCUCUGUCAAACUGUCAAAUUACCACUUCCAACACCUUCCAAUAUGUUGCGUCAAAUAAAGUUGGAGGAGUAUGACGUCACCGAAAAAGUCACUAGCGUAGCCAUGUUUUUGCGACAAUUUGGAGUUUCCAUCAACUAUUUAGCAUAUAGGAAAGGUUCUAAAAUAUGUUGGAUGUUGGAUGCAAUCGGCGUAUCAAAAUCGUGCCUAGCGAAAACGGAAAUAACAACCAUUUCCGUCACAAUGGUUCUUUAAAAUGGCGAAGAGAAUAUGGUCGAUUAAAAAGUUUAUAAAAGUAAAAUAUUUAAAAUAU